AUGACUGAAGAUAUCAGUAAAAAGAGAAGAAGUCGUGGUGCUUAUGUUGGUGUUUUUAAGAAAAUUGUUAAUGAAACUGUGAAACCUAUUUAUGAAAGGUUUGUUUUGAAAGAUCAUGGUGCGGUACUCUUAUCCAGUUAUGAUUUACUGGAAGCUAAAUUAUUGAACGUAACAACUAUUCAAAAUGAAAUUAAUGACUUAAUUGAGCCAGAGAAUUUAGCUAAUGAAAUGAUGUCACACUUGGAAUUUGAGCAGUAUGCUGCGAAAGAGUUAACAACAUUGAAAAAGUUUCUUGACAAGCAUGUGUUUGAAAUUGAAGGUAAUGUUUCUGUUACUUCUUCUGAUGGGUCUGGAAACUCCAGCGUGAGGGAUCGAAUUAAACUUCCGAAACUUGAGCUGAAAAAGUUUAACGGUGAUCCUUUGCAAUGGAAGUCCUUUGACGAAUCUUUUGAGUGUGCGAUACAUAAGAAUGAAUCUCUUUCUUCUGUCAAAAAAUUGACGUAUUUGACAAAUCUUUUGUCGGGCUCGGCAGAACAAACAAUCAGCGGUUUAUCGUUAUGUAACGAAAACUAUGAAAUUGCGCGAGAUCUUUUAAAAGAACGAUUUGGUGAUCCACAAAUCACUGUGUCAGCUCAUAUGAACAAACUUUUGACUCUUGAAAAGGUAAAAAGUUCGAGAGAUAUUAAAUCUAUGCGAAAACUUUACGACCUAAUCGAAUCUCAAGUGAGAAGUUUGAAAGCCCUGGGUUUUAAAGCAGAAAACUAUGGACCUAUGCUUAUUCCUGUUGUUUUGUCAAAAUUACCGAAUGAUAUCAAAUUAAUGAUAAAAGAAGAUGAGCAGCGGGAGUUCCCCAGCAGUGGAAGUUUUUUGAAUGCACAAGCUGUGCGAACUGGUGCCCGAAUGUUAUUCUGUUCCUUUUGUUCUGGUGAGCAUAAAUCACAUGAAUGCAGAACUGUAACAAAAUUAGAAACCAGGAAAGAAAUUGUUUUGAAAAAUGGACGCUGUUUUUUAUGUUUAAGAAAAGGACACAUGAGUCGUGAAUGCAAAGCAAGUUUUCGUUGUUUUCACUGCAAAGGAAAACAUCACGUAGCCUUAUGCGAAAAGAAACAUAAUCCAAAUCCUCCUCCUAGUCGUAGUCCUAAGAAAAAUGAAACCGAAAAUAAAAAUGCAGAAAGUGAAGAUUCUUCCUCGAACGUUACACCUGCUAAUAUAAACAUAGCUUCUGAUCGAAAUAAUGUUUUGCUGCAAACUGCUAUGGCUACAGUUACAUCAUGCGAUGGAAAUUUUUCUGCGAAAUUACGCAUUUUAUUUGACAGCGGUUCGCAAUUGUCGUACAUCACACCGCAAGCGAGAAAAAGGUUGAAUUUAAAAACUGUUUCAAAAAAAGAACUGAGUAUUAAAGUCUUUGGAGGUGAACACUCUACGAAAAAACUUGAUCUUGUCAAAUUUGAAAUUAAAAGCACAAUAUCGAAUGAGAGCAUUAAUGUUUCUACCUUUGUGAAUGAUAUUUGCAAACCUGUUUCCGGACAAACUAUCAAUUUUGCUGUUGAAAAUUAUGAACAUUUGCAAGGCUUACAAUUAGCUGAUCAGAAUUUUAGCGACGAUUUACACGUCGACAUAUUAAUUGGAGCCGAUUAUUACUGGAAUUUUUUCACGAAAACUGUUUUACGAAGUUCUAGCGGAGGUCCUGUUGCCAUGGGAUCAAAACUUGGAUUUAUCUUAAGUGGUCCAGUUUCUACUGUCUCUACCACUCCUGUUACAGCAAAUAUGGCUUGUACUCAUUCGUUAUUAAUUAUGAAAGAAACUCAAUCAGAUUAUGAGAUUCUGAAUGAAAACGUGAAUAAAUUUUUCAACUUGGAAAGUUUAGGGAUUUCCUCCGAAGAACCUAGUAUUUACGACAAAUUUACGGAUGAAAUAAAAUUUAAAGAUCAUCAUUACGAAGUGAGGCUACCAGUGAAAGGUGAUAAAAUGUUCAUUGAGGAUAACUAUUCACUAGCUAAAGACCGCCUCCGAUCACAGUUUAAUAAAUUAAAAAACAAUACCGAAUUAUUGAAAACAUACGACGAUAUAUUUAAAGAACAAUUGGACAUCGGACGACAGAAAGCCCUGGUGUUGGGGAAACCCAUUAUCUCCCCCACAGAGCUGUUAUUAAACCUAACAGAAAUACAACGAAAAGCGUAUAAUAUCGCAAUAACUGGUGACAUUGAAAAAGCCUUCCAUCAAAUAUCGGUAUCACCUGAAGAUCGUAAUUUACUCCGAUUUAUCUGGUACGACGAUGUGAAUAAUUUUGAUGAUCAAAAGUUUGAAAAUAACGCGCUAGCUGAUUAUAGAUUCUGCCGAGUAGUCUUUGGAGCCACUUGUUCUCCCUUUCUUCUGUCUGCAACUUUGAUUUUUCAUUUACACGGUUAUGUUGAAUGUGAUCCGCAAUUUGUGCAGAAGUUACUUGAAUCUCUGCAUGUUGAUGAUUUGACUGCGGGUGGCGUUAAUGAUUCUGAUGCUUUGUGUUUUUACACGAAGUGUCAGGAGAGACUCAGUGAAGGAGGGUUUAAUUUGAGAAAGUUUAACUCUAACUCUAAAAUGCUUGAGAACAUCGUCAAUAGUACUCAGGAUGAAACUGAAAUCAAAUUUCAACCCACUAUUAAAGUUUUGGGACUUGAAUGGAACAAACUCUCUGACGAAAUUAAUUUCAAUUUUUCUGACAUGCUGAAGAACAUAAAAUUGCCUACUACGAAGCGAAAUAUCAUGCAUUUUUUAGCUAGUAUCUAUGAUCCACUAGGGAUAAUUAACCCUAUUGUUGUGACAAUUAAAGUAUUGUUCCAAGAUUUGUGUGUUGCAAAAUUUGACUGGGAUCAACCUUUAGAAGGUGAAUUUUUACAAAGAUGGAAUGAAAUUUGUACUAGCUUUGACACUGAAACUUUAAAUAUUGACAGACUUUAUGCUUAUAAAGAUGAAAAUGAUCAAUUUGAAAACAUUGAAUUACAUGGAUUUUCUGAUGGCUCUAAAAUUGCUUAUGGAUGUUGCGUAUACAUUCGAUUUACUUACAAGUCUGGUAAAGUUAAAACUGCACUUUUGAGUUCAAAAUCAAAAAUUAAACCAUUAACAAAUACCACUAUACCACGAAUUGAACUUUUAGGCACUUUGGUGCUAGCUAGAUUAAUGGACGUUUUAAAAAAGGAAUUAUUGAAUGUGUAUAAUAUUGACAAUAUUUUCUAUUGGACUGAUUCAACUAUUGCAUAUUCAUGGAUUAAAAACGAUAACAAAGAUUAUAAAACCUUUGUUCAAAACCGCUUAGAGGAAAUUAGAAAACUGACUGCAUCUGGCAAAUGGUGUUUAGUACCAUCGAAAGACAACCCUGCAGAUAUAGUAUCUAGGGGUUGCUCCCCCUCUGAAUUGAAUUCUUUGUGGUUCAGUGGACCCACGUUUCUAACUUUACUUGAAACCCACUGGCCACACCUUAAACCUGGUGAUAAGUUUAUUAGUGAUGACAUGACAAAAGAAGAAGUUAAAAAAGAAGAAAAAGUUCAAACAUUAAAUAAUGAACUAAAAAAUAUUACUGUGUCUGAAAAUCUAUCUAUUAUUUCUACUGAUACUGUGUCUGAGAAUGUUUGUGAUAAUGUUAUGUCUUCUACUACUCCUGUGUCUGCUGAAGUGUAUGAUACUGUAUGUGAUGUUUCUACUGCCAAUGAAAAUGUCUCGGAUAGUGUAAACACGAAUUUCCCAAUUAUACCGGGUAUUCGUAACAUAAUUGAUAUAAAAAAAUACAGUAGUUUUGAUAAAUUAGUACACGUCACAGCUUAUGUGAUGAGAUUUAUAAGUAAUGUAAAAAAGAAGAAAGAAGAUAGAAAAAUUUUUAAUUAUAAGAGGCUAUCAGCCGAAGAAAUUGGUCAUGCAAGAUUGGUAAUCAUCAAAGAUGCUCAAGAAGAUGUGAAAAGACACAAGAAAUUUAAACAUUGGGAAAAGAACCUGGAUUUAUUUGAAGACACAGAUUUUUUGCUGAGGUGCAGGGGUCGGUUAGGAAAUGCUCCUAUACCAUAUAACUCCAGGUAUCCUAUUCUGUUAGUACCAGACUCUUAUCUAACAAAAUUAAUCAUUCGACAUGUGCAUGAAUCUGUGAAGCAUUAUGGCACAAAAAUAACACUCACAGAACUUAGAAGAGAAUUUUGGAUUCCAUCUGGUAGAAAUGUUGUUAGAAAUUUUAUUCGUACAUGUCAAAAGUGCCGAAGGUACGAGAACAAACCAUAUCCGUACCCAGAUCCUCCAUCAUUACCGAAGAGUAGAUUACAAGAUAACAUGUCAUUUGAAGUAGUUGGCAUCGACUAUGCUGGUCCUUUAUUUGUAAAAAAUGUUUUUAACGAAGAACCAGAUAUGUAUAAAGCUUGGAUAGUUCUUAUAACGUGUGCGAGUACUAGAGCUAUUCAUUUAGACUUAGCUUCGAAUUCUUCUGGACCUGAAUGUAUAGAAGUUCUGAAACGAUUUAUUGCUCGAAAAGGAGCACCGAACUUCAUUUUAUCUGACAAUGGUAAAUGUUUUAUUAGCGAAGACGUACAAAACUUUGCUGCUAGUAAAAAUAUUAAUUGGAAAUUUAAUAUUGAGUCUGCCCCUUGGCAAGGCGGAUUCUUCGAACGUUUGGUCAAAUCAGUCAAAAGACCACUGAAGAAAGUUCUGGGCAAUAGUCGCCUGAAGUAUAACGAACUUUUAACGAUACUAACUGAAAUUGAAUUUAUACUAAAUAACAGACCAUUAACGUACAUAUAUGAAGAACUUAAUGAAGAACCAUUAACACCUAAUCAUCUUAUGUAUGGAAGAAAAUUAAACACGAAAGCAGAUGAGAACAACUUAUUACCUGAAGAUCUCUCGCCAGAUAUGAGUGUCAAACGGAAAGAAAACGUAAACCGAUUACUGACACACUUUUGGAAUAGAUGGCGUGACGAAUACGUCACAGAAUUACGAGAAUUCCACAAAUUGAAGAAUAGUCGUUUCAAUAAAUGUUUAAUUCCAAACGUUGACGACGUAGUUGUUGUUGCUGAUGAUAGAAUGCCACGAUCACAAUGGCGAAUUGGUCGAAUAAAAGAAACGUUGAAGGGAAAAGAUGGAAAAAUACGUGCAGCGAUAGUACAAUGCAAAACUGAUCAAGACAGACGAUCAAAUUUACGGCGACCGAUCAAUAAAUUGAUACCGUUUGAACAGUGUAUUAUUCCAAACGAUGAAUCAACAGAACCAGCAAUACAAUUUAUUGAUGAACAAUCAGUUACACAAAACGAUCAGUUAGCUGAAUCAAAGAUAACAUUUGUUGAUGAAAAGGAUCUUGAGAUUGUAAACAUUUGA